AUGGGCAGCGGCGUCGGCAGGGCCAGCUGCACGUCACAGCAGGCGGCAGGCAGAAGAAAGAAGCUCGGGUCCUUCGAACUACGGCGCCUGGUGCUUCAGCUGACCAGAAUCACGUACUUCAACGAGGAGGAGGUGAAGGAAUGGUACAAACGCUUCAUAAAGGAUUGUCCGGAUGGACUGCUGAGCGAACAACGCUUCUUGCACUAUUUCACGGAGUCUUUCAAGAUGGGUAGGCAGGAGGAAAAAGUCACCUUAGCUCGGCAGAUAUUCCGCACUUUCGACAGGGAUGCUAGCGGUUCGGUGGAUUUUCGUGAGUUUAUAAUCGGGCUGAGCGCGCUCAUGCGGGGAACCACGGUGGAGAGACUGAAGUGGAUCUUCAACAUGUAUGACCUGGAUAGUAACGGUUCCGUAACCAAGCAGGAGCUCGUCCGUGUCUUAAAGGAGGUGGAUGUUGACGGAGACGGUACGUUGAAGUUGAAGGAGUUUGUAGAAGGUGUGCGGAGGAAUCCUGGCUUACUGCGCCCAACCGGGAACUAGUUUCAAGCUAAUUUUGCUCUGUUCUGUGUUGGCUCGGUUGAUGCAGACGUCCGCAAGAGGCGAAGCAACAGCGCCAUCUAUUGACUGUCAUUUAAAUAACAUCAUUUGUGACUUACAAUUUGUGGAUCCUUUUCUAAGGCCAUGUUGAU